AUGCUCCGGUGUAUACAAUGUAAUGCGGCGGUCUACCGAAUUGUUCAGCCGGAAAACGAGGUGGUUGAGAAGUGUGGGACAUGCGGUAGGCGGUGUGAUAGGUAUUAUGAAUUCUCUAACUGUCAAAAGUGGAUAAGCAUCACGUUGCUUGAGAAACCUGCAUGGAUUCAUGUGUUAUUUAACAAAAAAGAUAUCCGCGCGACAUUAUUUUGCACAGCCCUCCUGUCACGACUUAUUGAAGCGUACGUCGUGCGAACGAGUUUGGUGUAUGGCGCCUUACGCAUGCUUCGGUCUAAGGGACCGGUUUCUAACGUAAGUUCGGUUGCGACACUUCAGCUUUUCCGGAAUGUGAAUCCCAAAAUAGAACCGCUGAUGGCGUAUCAGGACACUUUGCCCAAUAUAUUUAUUUGUGCUUGUGGAGAAUAUUUGCUUUGCCUUUUGGUCACUGUUAUAUUUGCGCUUCAUUCGUGGCGUCGUGGUGGCUCGGCUUUAUGGGAUGUUGUACUCACAUGGAUGACAUGUGUUAAUCUUGCCUAUUCAGCGAAGUUGUGUUUCGUAGUGUUCCUUAUUUGGCGCAUUCCCAUCGCAUUAGUAUCCCUGGUGGAUCUUAUCAGUCUCCUUUGGGCUGCUCGCGGUUUCAGUCUUGUGGAAAAUAGAUAUCCACCAUUAUUUACAUCUGUUGUUGUGCUGAUUUGUACGGCAGCCACACGAUAUCUCUUCCGUAGUGUUACGCAGUGGAGUCCACAACUUCUGGUGUGA